AGUAAAAUUGGAAGAGGUAGUUGCAGAUGAUUCUGAAGAGACAGAUGAUGGCUUCUCUUAUACACCAAAAGAAGACAAAAAAAGGCGUAGACAAAAGCAGCACGAGGAAGAAUUCUCUAGAUAUGAAGAAGACAGGCAUAAAAGGGAAAAGAAAAAGAAUAAGAAUAAACAUAAUUCUGAGUAUUCCUCUAGUAGGGAAGAGGCCUCUGUAGAUAUUCGGGACUCUCAAAAAAGGUACAAGAAACGAAAAAGAAAGGAAGAAGUUAGUGGACAAAAUAGACUCACAGAAGGUAAGGAAGAGAGCUCUACUGACCAAUCUAAAAAGCUUAAAAAAACAGAGAGGGAGAAACAGUUGGCAAUAAAAAAGAAGGAUGAAAAGCAGACAAAGGCUGUGGCAGCAAAAAUGGCUUUAGAACAGGCAAAUGAGAGCUUGUCUGUAAAUUCUGGUAAAAAUAACACCAAAAAAAUCACAACAAAGUCCAGAAAAAAGAGAGCAGGAUCUUCAGAUUCCUCCAGCACGUCGCCUGACAGUGACAGCAGUAAAUUAAAUGUAAAGCAAAAAAAAUCUUCCCAUAAACCUGUAGCGGUGACACUUCCCAAAGACAAAUCCCAGGCUGCUGCAAAUUCUGAUGUGAGAACUGUUGUUUCUAAUAAAGUGACUGUAAAAUCUAACGCUGAAAAUUCUACUAAGACUGCAAUUAGUAAAAAUGCUAAAAAAUCCCAGUCCUCUAGUUCAGAUUCUGACUCAAGUACAGAGGAUGAGAAAGUGGCAACUGCACAAGACAAUACUGGAAAGGAAAAGUCACUGCCUAACAGUGUGGCAGCUGUAAAAACCAGUACCACCAAAGGUCCCAAAGCAAAGACCUCCUCCUCUUCAGAGUCUGAUAGUUCAGAUUCAGAAACGCUUGUUAUUAAAAAACCUGCAGCAAAUGCUGGACUGACUAAUUCCAUAGUAAGAAACUGUACUAAGCAGUUGCCAACCAGUAUUCAAGGACCACUUGCCAGCCCAGGCCGUGGAAGGGGGCGCGGAACAGGAGAGGAUAACUUCUGGAGAGGACCUAGGGGCCGUGGGUUUCGUGGGAUGAUGAGUGGCCAAGGCCGUGGGAGAGGAGCAAACCCUGGCUUCUUCUAUAACUACAGCAGUGAAAGCCAGAAACAGAGGCAGUUAAACGAAGCUGCGACAAACACUUCUGUUCUCGUCCAGAAUCCCGUGGAGGUCCCCAAGAGAGACUAUAGUGUGUUACCUCUUCUAGCUGCCCCACCACAAGUGGGAGAAAGAAUUGCCUUUAAGCGCUUGGAACUAACUGAAAAUUACAGUCCUGAAGUUUCAGACUAUAAGGAGGGGAAAAUAAUCAGUUGGAAUGCUGAUAAAAAACAGAUCGAGCUUGAGAUCCUUUCGUCAUCAGCAGGACAACUUGCUAAAGAGCCAGGGAAAUUCGAUCUGGUUUACCAGUCUGCAGAUGGAGCAGAACUGAUAGAGUACGCUGUUUCUCACGAUACAAAGAUAACUGAAAGUUGGGAUGCGCUGAUAGAGCCAAGACUGAUUGUUGAGCCUCCAGUUAACGGAUCCAGCGUUGAAAAUGGAACAGUCUAAGAUGUGAACAAAUGUAAAUAGUUGUAUGGACUUGUUUUGUGAAAUGCUGCCUUCUAGUUCUGAGGGCAGCAGAUGCACUGGUGGAUAUUUUCAAUAAAUGGUUUUAAAA